AUGGCGACUCGAUUCCUUUUUUAUUCCCGUCCCGCGUCAACAACGCCGCUCGCUCGACUCGCUAGUCAGACCGCUAGAGCAUCCUCAAUUCUCCGUUCUGUUCCCACCUUUCUCACCAGGUCGACCCAGAAUCGGCCUUCUACCGCGUCUCCGAUUCUACAAGCUUCUUUCUAUUCAACACCUUCAGAUGCUCCUUCGAACACAAGGACGAAGUUCGUCUACAAUGUAGCGGCCUCCUACAUCGCCAAGGGGCGCGCCUACGACCCUUCAAUCCAUCUCUUCCAGUUUGAUCCGUACAAUCGCGUCUCUCCUCCAAAUGGUGCUGCUCGAGGGAAGAAAGCCCGGCCUGAGUCUGGCCAAGAUGCAUUCUUUGUGAGUCGUCUGGGCACUAACCCAGGAGAGGUUGCUUUGGGUGUGGCAGAUGGCGUAGGAGGCUGGAUGGAGAGCGGUGUCGACCCUGCUGACUUCUCCCACGCUUUCUGCAAUUACAUGGCCGCUGCCGCGAACGCUGCCGCCGAAAUCUCAGCAUAUACAGGCAAGCCGCUCACAGCGCGUCAGCUGAUGCAGUUGGGCUACGACGCGGUCUGCCAUGACCCGUCCAUUCGCGCCGGCGGUAGCACUGCCAUCGUCGGUCUCCUCACCGCUAAUGGCCGUGCUGAGAUUGCCAACCUUGGUGACAGCGGCUUCCUCAUGCUGCGGCGCAAUGGCGUGCAUGCCUACAGCGAGCCCCAAACUCAUGCUUUCAACACACCGUACCAGCUCAGCGUCGUGCCCCGGAGCAUGCUCUUGCGUGCGGCAGCCUUUGGCGGCGGCCAGCUCAUGGACCAGCCUGCCGAUGCCGACCUGAUUCGGCACCAGCUUCGUCAUGGCGACGUCCUCAUCUUCGCCAGCGACGGUCUCUGGGACAAUCUUUUCAACCAACAGAUCCUGCGCAUCGUCAGUCAGGUCAUGGCCCGUGCCGGCGCCUGGGUGCAGAACAGCCAGACCGGCGUCCAAGUCGCGCCGGAUCUACGGCCAUUCACGCAGCUUCAGCAAGAAAACACUGCCAGUUCAAACGUGAAGCUCCCAUCCCCUCCGAACACGCUUCAGAGCCUUCUGGCUACCGAAAUCGUGGCUGCCGCGAAGGCCGCUAGCGUUAGCCCUCACCUCGAUGGGCCUUUCGCCAAAGAGGUUAAGAAGUACUACCCGAACGAGUCCUGGCAUGGUGGCAAGGAGGACGACAUCUGCAUUGUGGUCGUUCUCGUGUCGGAGGAAGAGUGCCCGAGCCAGGAGCAGACUCCGGCGCCGAAGGCGAAACUUUGA